AUGUCGUUGACAAAGCUGAACUUGGACGACCCCGAGGUCAGGCACCACGCGCGGGUCGGUCUGGCCACGACCAUCCCCGUGGUCCCCUUCAAAGGUGUCGCGUUCUUUGAUAUCGGAGGUCUACUCGCGAAUCCAGAGAAGCUGCAGCUGGCGCUCCAUCUGCUCGUGCACGCGGUGACGCCGUUGAUCGACAACGUGGACGCCAUCGGAUGCGUUGACGCGCGCGGGUUCCUCUUUGCACCGUAUUUGGGCGUGCACUUUCACAAGCGCGUCUUUAUGCUGCGCAAACCCGACAAGAUGCCGAGUGUGGGCGAUACGGUCGAGUACGUCAAGGAGUACAAAGGCGACCACAGCGGAGGCGGUGACCACCUGAGUAUCCAGACGUACGCCGUCCAGAAAGGCGACCGAGUGCUACUUGUGGACGACCUCCUCGCUACGGGCGGCACCUGCGAAGCUGCUAUCCGCCUCGUCCAGCAAGCAGGUGCCUCGGUCACAGCGUGCACGUUUGUGGUCGAGAUCAGCGGACUCAACGGACGAGGCCGUGCGCGCCAGACGAGCACGAACGAGCAGAUGGCGAUCCUCUCGUUGCUCACGGAGAAGGACUUCUAG